UCUUCCUAUUUGAACUCUUUUUCCUUUCUUCUCUCUCUCAACAGUCUCUGAUAUCUCUCUCUGUUUAUACAAAGGAUGACGAUUUCAGAGAAGAAUGUGGAUGGAAUCAGUGCAUGUGAGAUGAAAAACCCAUUGGUUGUAUCUUUCGGUGAAAUGCUGAUAGAUUUCGUUCCAGAUGUUGCUGGGCUUUCUCUAGCGGAGUCGUUGGGAUUCAUCAAAGCUCCUGGUGGGGCCCCUGCCAAUGUAGCUGUCGCCAUCGCAAAGCUCGGUGGCAGCUCCGCAUUUAUUGGAAAGUUUGGAGAUGAUGAAUUUGGGCAUAUGUUAGUGGACAUCUUGAAGAAAAAUGGAGUGAACGGUGAUGGCGUAUGCUUUGACCCUGACGCUAGGACUGCACUUGCAUUCGUGACGUUGAAGAGCAACGGAGAGCGUGAAUUCAUGUUUUAUCGAAAUCCAAGUGCUGACAUGCUGCUGAAGGAAUCAGAGCUGAAUUUGGAUCUCAUCCAACAGGCAAAGAUCUUUCACUAUGGAUCGAUAAGCUUAAUCACUGAGCCGUGCCGGUCGGCCCACUUGGCUGCAAUGCGGGCCGCGAAAGAAGCUGGCCUGCUUCUCUCAUACGAUCCCAAUGUUAGAUUGCCGCUGUGGCCAUCAGCUGAUGCCGCUCGCGAAGGAAUUAAGAGCAUUUGGACAGAAGCUGACUUUAUCAAGGCUAGUAGCGAUGAAAUCGCUUUCCUAACAAACGGAGAUCCCGAAAAGGAAGAGGUUGUUCUGUCAUUGUGGUUUGAUGGAUUGAAAUUGUUUGUAGUCACUGAUGGCAAGAAGGGGUGCAGAUACUUUACAAAGGACUUUAAAGGAAAAGUUGAAGGAUUUUCCGUCAAGACGGUGGACACGACAGGAGCUGGUGAUGCUUUUGUUGGCUCUCUUCUUGUUUCUCUGGCUAAAGAUGGUUCUCUUUAUAAGGAUGAAGUUAAGCUAAGGGAAGCUUUGAAACUGGCAAAUGCUUGUGGCGCGAUCUGUACAACACAGAAGGGAGCAAUUCCAGCCCUUCCAAACACAUCAAUGGUGCAAGAACUCAUCACAAAAUCUAUAUGAAAAUCGAAGCAGUUGUCCU